AUAUUAGAAAAUACUCCUGAAAAUCACCCUGAUCAUAGCCACCUGAAACAUGCUUUAGAGAAAGCAGAAGAAUUAUGUUCGCAAGUGAAUGAAGGUGUACGUGAGAAAGAAAAUUCAGACAGAUUAGAAUGGAUACAGGCUCAUGUUCAAUGUGAAGGAUUAUCAGAGCAACUUGUUUUUAAUUCUGUUACAAACUGCUUGGGGCCACGCAAAUUUCUGCACAGUGGGAAACUCUACAAGGCCAAGAGCAACAAGGAAUUGUAUGGUUUUCUGUUCAACGACUUCCUCCUGCUGACACAGAUCAUAAAACCUCUUGGUUCAUCUGGCACAGACAAGGUUUUCAGCCCCAAGUCUAAUCUGCAGUAUAAAAUGUACAAAACCCCUAUAUUUCUAAAUGAGGUUUUGGUAAAACUGCCUACGGAUCCUUCUGGGGAUGAGCCCAUCUUCCAUAUCUCACAUAUUGAUCGAGUCUACACACUUCGUGCAGAAAGUAUAAAUGAAAGGACAGCUUGGGUUCAGAAAAUCAAAGCUGCUUCUGAACUUUACAUAGAAACAGAGAAGAAGAAGAGGGAAAAAGCAUACUUAGUCCGAUCCCAAAGGGCAACAGGUAUUGGAAGGUUAAUGGUGAACAUUGUUGAAGGUAUUGAACUGAAGCCCUGCAGAUCUCAUGGAAAGAGUAACCCAUAUUGUGAAGUGACGAUGGGCUCACAGUGUCAUAUCACCAAGACCAUACAGGACACUCUCAAUCCAAAGUGGAAUUCUAACUGUCAGUUUUUUAUCAAAGAUUUGGAACAGGACGUGCUGUGCAUAACAGUGUUUGAGAGAGAUCAAUUCUCUCCUGAUGAUUUCUUAGGUCGAACAGAAAUCCGUGUGGCUGAUAUUAAGAAAGACCAGGGCUCAAAGGGACCAGUUACAAAGUGUCUUCUCCUGCAUGAAGUCCCAACAGGAGAAAUAGUUGUCCGACUUGAUCUGCAGCUGUUUGAUGAGCCUUAAAAAGAACAUGAGAGGUUUCUACAAAAUAGCUCAGUUCUUUUAUAAGUGAUAAAUAAUUUGCCCUGCAGAUAUUAUGACACAACUCUUAAUAGUCAGAUUAAUUUCUGAGAAUACUGAAUUCCAAAUUGUGAGAAAAAUAUUUUCAUUUUAUUUUUGUUCUGUUUUCUGUGGAACUUCUGCUGCAGUAUUCAGAAUUUCUAGAAUAACAGAGCUUAGUCUGUGCUCUGACAAGGUAGAGAAAACAUUGCACUUUUUCUGGUUCCUGCAGCAUGCUGUGUCGAGAGGGUGUCCUAAUAUGACUUUUUGGACUUUCUCAUGAUUUCCCCUAGACGUGUUGUGCCUAUUGCCCCUCAGAGUAGUAUAUAAACAAAUUGUGAAUAUAUUUAUAUAAAAAAUAUCUAUAACAUGAAUGCAUUCUUGCCAUGUAAGAUAUUUGGAUUUCUUUUAGGAAGUUCAUGAUAUUUGAAUGUUUUCAAAAACCAAGAGGAAAGAAAGAAAUGUUGAAGUGACAGGUACCUGUAGCCUUGAAUGUUUUCAAGAGCUGAGCUGAAGGCUGCUUUUUCAUAGUAUUUGUUAAGCAGAUAUUUUGUAGAUUUAACAACUAAAACUGCUGGCCCAGAUGCAGUAAUUUAAAAUGGGGAUUAACCUAAUGACAAGGAAAAGUUGCUCUAGUCCACAAAAGCUGUUACUCUCCAUGAAGACAAGGCCAAAAUAUUAGGAGAGUUUAUUACACUGCAUUGUGCCUCAGUCAAAUGAAUUGAUACAAUCAUUUUGAAAUUACAUAGGCAAUAUAUUAUAGCUCAUCAAGAAUAUUAGUUGCAGAUUUACCCCUUUCAAACAUUGGAUGUGCUAAGACUGCAAAGCGAGUGAUCUCAAUCAAAGGAACCUGUUGCUAUCCUGCAAAUGUAAAGAUUCACUGAUGUACUGCAAUUCAAAUAGGAAAGCCUUGAUUCAGCAGGGUGCUUGGAAAUCAUUUGAACAAAAGACUAUGACUUAAGAACUUGGAUGAACUUGACACAUUGACAGAAUUUGGAAAGUAUUUUAUUUCAGUACAAGUGCAUUCUCUCUCUGUUUUAAGUUAUUCCGUUUGAUACCCAAGGAUCAUGCUUAAAUGGGGAUUUUUGUAGAUUUUCAGAAUGGGAGGUGUUGAUGGUUUUGUUAGCACGUCAAUGUUCUCGUGAGUUGUGUUGGCUUUGCUGUUCUUUGCAUGUUGUUUUGGUACUAGUUUCCAUGUUUUCUGUGGAGAUGAGUGUUCUUUAGCACAGCAAACCUUUAUUAUUUCCAUUAGGAAAUUAGGAUAGCUUUAUACUUGAUAGGUAUAUAAGGUCUGGUGAUAAAUGUAAAUUGUGCUUGAAACUGUUUGUGUAUUAUUUCCAAGGAGGCCACUGUAUUAUUUUCAGCAGUCAUUUUUUUAAAAAUCCUGUAUGUUGGAGAAACAACAAAGUUUACAUUUCAUACUUUUAAGAAUUGGUUUACUAUUUAUUUAUUGAAGAUAGUGUAGAAUUUUGUAUCAGAAAUGACAUACUUAUGUAUUUUUUUGACCAGAGAAACACACUUUAGUUAGAAACUUUAAACUGACCAAGUUUUAGAGUAAGUUUAACUUAACAGGCAUGCAGUUAUUUAGCACUGACUGGUUGAAAACACAAUAAAAAAUCAUUUAAGUUUUUAUUUUUCAAUGUUGUUGGAAAUGUCUGAAUUAAAAUAUGUAAA